AUGGUUGACGUAAUGUAUGCUUCACAAUUUCAACAACGUGCUCCAAAACUAAAUCCAAUAAAACCUGACAGAAAAUUGGAGCUAGAUAAAGCAGCACUUGAAUGCAUAAUCAUUGAUGGCCGUCCAUUUGGAGAAUUUCGACGUUUAGGCAUGUCGAAAUUUCUAAAUAUAAUAUGUCCAGGAUAUCGUGGACCUAGCCGCAAAACGGUACGUCGUCAACUAGGCUUAUCUUAUCAUAAAUAUCGUCAAGAACUUCGUAUUGCACUUGCCUCGGUAAAUGCUAUUGCUAUUACAGUUGAUAUAUGGACGAAAAAACAAACUUCAUUUAUUUGUUUAACUGGCCAUGUAUUUAACAAUAAAUAUGAAUCAAUAUCAAUUGUAUUAGGUUUUCGACGACUUUCUGGUGCUCAUCGAGCUGACAACAUCAAAAAGUAUAUUCUUUAUGAAAUGCAAAAUUUAGAAAUUGAAGAAAAAGUAUGUGCAAUUGUCAGUGACAACGGAAGUAAUAUCAAAAAAGCGAUUAAUGAAAUAAAACCUGGUCAACGUUUUUCAUGUAUCGCACACAACAUCAAUCUUGUUGUCAGAAAUGGUUUGAAAAUAUGGGAACCUGUAGAGAAGAAAAAAAAAAAAGUAGCACAAGCAACAACAACAAAUACAUUUAUCUAUAGCUCUGAUAGUGAUGAUGAUGAAAUGUCAGAACCGGAUCGAGCCGACAUUCCAGAAGAACUUGAAGAUGAAGGUGAUGAAGACUGUAAACGUAUUGAAUAUAAUGAAGGUGAUGAAAAUAAUACAGGUGGUGAAGAUUUUGAUGAAGAUGAAAGUUCAACAGGUAGUGAUAAUCCAUCCGAUAGUGGUGGUGGUGAUUAUAUCAGUGAAGAUGAAUUUGUUCUUGGUGUUGAAAGUGAAGAUGAACAUGAUGAUAAUUAUGAAGGUGAAGAUGACAAGGAAGAACACUUAAUUGAACCAUAUCGCACUCAACUUUUCGUUUAUCGAUUAAUUGAACGAGUACGGGCUUGUGUUACGAACAUUCAUAAUACACGAGCCAUUUAUGAUUAUGUGAAAAAACAGGCUAAAACCAGCGAACCAAAGAUUAAAGCUGGACUUGUAUCUGAUUUUAUAAUAAGAUGGAAUACUACCUUUAUUAUGAUUGAUCGUUUUAAUAAUCAUCGUUUUAUUAUUGACAAUGUCAACAGUCAACCGUAUCGAAUUCCUGAUAUUAGUACUGUUCAAAGAAUGAUUCUUUCAUCAAAAAAAUUUGAAUUUACUAAUAAUGAUUGGUUUAAUUUAAUGGAUUUACACGUCGUAUUAAAACCAUUUUUUAUUUCAACAAAUAUUAUUUCGGCCAAAAAUUAUCCUACUUUAGGAGCAGGAUAUUCAGUUCAAUAUGCUUUACGUUAUUUUCUAUUCGGUUCAGCUGAAAAUGAUUCAUCAUGGUUAAAAUCGUUAAAAUUUUGUCUUCGUCAAACAUUUGAAUUAUAUUUUGACGAAAAAAUAGAAAAACAUCAGAAAGAUACCAGUUUGGUAAGUUAUUAA